AUGAUUCUCGAUCAAUUACAAAUGGUCACAAGACCCAACCACACCUUCCAACCCUUCAAUGACCACCCGAGAAUGACCUUCGAAGCGAUCAGCCUGCUGGCUUGCACGCUCAGCACAGAAGAGGAGCAGGAGGUGCAGCAGCAGUCGCAGCAACAACAGAAGGAGGAGGAAGAGGAGCACCAGCAGCAGCUAUAUUGUCACACCAAGUACAUCAUCAUACUGGCGAUAUCCUCACCACAGCAGCUAUAUCUUGGGCGUAAUGAUGCCCCUGCAUGCGGUGAGGAUCUGGCCUCCGUCAGCGAACAAUGGAGAGCUAGAACUGGCUAUCUAAAUCGGAGCCCUCGCCGCCACCUUUCGCCUCCAACCAAGCCGCUCGGGAUGAGCCAAGUCAAGACGAGGUUGGAGGCGAAUGGAGAGACGUGCUCCGGCGGCAACAAGCCAAGCGACGGCAGCAAGCCAAUAGCACAGCUGGUCCCUCUGCGGGUCCAAACUCAGCCUCCUGACCGCCUGGUAACAAUUUACCAGGCGGUCCCUAUUCCAGGAGCGCAACCAAGACGACCAUUCAAGACUUUGGGAGAGAGUCCUUGA